GGAUGCUGAUCCCAAAGGUGCGUUAGAACAUCAUAGCCUCUCUGUUUUGGCUGUUGAGUUUCUCUUUAUAUUUUUGUUCGCUUUCAUCAUCAUACCUGGAGUUUAACGCUUUAGAAGAACCACAUUUAUGGAUUACUAAAAGCCCAGGGGACAAGCAGCUCAUGAUGGCGGUGGCUUUAGAAGCAGUGUGGGUGAGGGUGAAGAAUGUCCUGAAGCAGAACGGACUCCUCAUCCUCUCCGUGUUGGCUGUAGUCAUCGGCUGUCUUCUGGGGUUCUUCCUGAGAACACGGCGACUCUCAGAGCAGGAGGUGAAGUACUUUCAGUUUCCUGGUGAGCUGCUCAUGAGAAUGCUGAAGAUGCUCAUUUUACCACUCGUCGUCUCCAGUUUGAUGUCCGGCCUGGCCGCUCUCGAUGCCAAGUGUUCCAGUCGGCUCGGCUUGAUCACGGUCUCAUAUUAUCUGUGGACCACGUUUGUGGCUGUGAUCGUGGGGAUCAUGAUGGUGUCCAUUAUCCACCCAGGCGGUGCUGCCCAGAAAGAGGACUCUGAGGACAGCAGCAAGCAUAUCAUGAGUUCUGCUGACGCUCUGCUGGAUCUAAUCCGAAAUAUGUUCCCAUCAAAUCUGGUGCAGGCUACGUUUCAGCAGGUUGUUCCUGCACUUCGUCCUGCCAGGUAUUUUCCAUUCGGCAUUGUGUUCCUGGUGGCCGGUAAAAUCCUGGAGAUGAGUGAUCCGUCUGCAAUGGGGAAGAAGCUGGGUUUUUAUGCCAUCACCGUGGUGUUUGGUUUGGUGUUACAUGGCCUGUUCAUCCUGCCUGCCAUGUAUUUCUUCAUCACUAAAAAGAGCCCCAUCGUUUACAUUCGAGGAAUCCUGCAAGCCUUGCUCAUAGCUCUGGCGACUUCCUCCAGCUCUGCCACUUUGCCUAUAACCUUCAAGUGCCUCUUAGAGAAUAAUCACAUCGACCGGCGCAUCAUACGGUUUGUGCUGCCAGUGGGCGCUACUAUCAACAUGGACGGCACUGCCCUGUAUGAGGCCGUGGCGGCCAUCUUCAUAGCACAAGUUAAUCAUUACGAGCUGGACUUUGGCCAGAUUAUCACCAUCAGCAUCACAGCAACAGCAGCAAGCAUCGGUGCAGCUGGGAUACCUCAAGCUGGACUCGUCACCAUGGUGAUUGUGUUAACAUCCGUUGGAUUGCCCACUGAUGACAUCACCCUGAUCAUUGCAGUGGACUGGGCGCUAGACAGAUUCAGAACGAUGGUUAAUGUUAUGGGUGAUGCUUUGGCCACAGGCAUCAUGGCCCACAUCUGCAGGAAAGACUUCAUGAAAGAAGGAGAUGGGGUACCUCUGGUGUGCGAGGCGGAAAUCCCCGUGAAUAAUCCGCCGACAAUGAACUGCCACAACAACAAUGGGAACGUUCGGCCUCCCUCCUCAGGAGUCAAACACAAGCUCAUCCCUCCUGACGUGGCUCGACUAAUGCAGCUGGAGGAAGGUGUUCAGCAGAUUUCAGACAAAAAGAAACCCCCGAUUCCUCCAAGAUACCUGAAGAAGAGCAAAGAACACUGCACUAUCGACCUGAAUGGCCUUGAGAGCAUCGUAUAGCCUCCAAGAUAAACCUGAUGUGAUAUUUGUGUGUUUGGACUGAUGGGUGCCCAGACGCUUGUCGGGGCGUCUUUAUUUUCUUUAUGUUCUGCAGUACCAAAUCUGAACAUCUACAGUAUCUCACAAAAAGGAAGUACACCCCUCAUGUUGUUGUAAAUGUUUUAUUAUUUGACGACACAAAAGGCACAACAUGUUGAUUCAGUGUAGUGUUUAGUUUGUAUAACAGCGUAAAAUUGCUGUCCUCUCAAAAUAACUGCCAACAAAGUGAGUAAAACCUGAGUGUAAAAAGGCAAAAUUGCUCAAAAUAUUGCUCAACAUUCUGUCUGACCCCUGUUAGUUUAGCUCCAUGACAACAUCACAGCGAAGUUGGAUGUUAGAGACCUUGUGCUUCACCACUUCCUGGUUCAGGAUGCGCGUCAAUUGGUUUAGGGUCUGGAAACAUGGUUUUUCUGGCCAUUUUGAUUACCCUCAGCUUCUUAGAGUUGUGUUUUUGGGCCAUUAUAAUGUUGGUUUACUGCUCAGUUGCCUAGUUUAUAGGGAGGCAAUCAGCUGGCAGACCUCAUACGUUGCAUCACAUGCCAAGUCAAACUGAACAGCAGAAGAGAAAAAUACAUCUCAGAAAGUAGAAAUACUGUUUAUUUAACCAUAAAUAAAGGUGUAUUCAGGUAAAGAUGAGAAAUUAGGUUAAAAAGAAAGAAAAAAAUCACUGGCUGCUUUACAGAACUGUGGAAAUGCAUAAAAAACUGUGGGUUUAUGCUUGACGCGUCAUCUAAAAUGGCACAAUUUUUCAAAAUUUAAUUUGUAAUUUUAGCAACCAACCCCCUCUGCAUGGCCCGAAUUACCCAAACCGCACACCAAUCAACAUUUUAACUACGCAACAGUCCCACGUGGAAAUAUCACUGCUGUCAACUAAUUGUACCAAAUCCUUGGAAAUAAAUUACUGUCACUCUUUUAUGACUCAAAGAGGCAUUCAAAGUUUGGAAACGACAGUUGCUUUGCUUCUGCAUUUAGUAUGUUGUUAUGAGCUUCAAUCCUGUGCUCUACACUGCCCUCUAGAAUUUAGUACCAUCCAUCAACACACUUGUCCCGAGUGGCGUCGUGAGGGGUGCUGGUGCCUAUCUCCAGCAAUCAAUAGGCAAGAGGCAGGGCAACACAGAGACAAACAAGACAAACAACCAUUCACACUCACACCAAAGGAAAAUUUAAAUAAGCCAAUUAACCUAACAGUCAUGUUUUUUCGACUGUGGGAGGAAGCCGGAGUACCCAGAGAAACCCAGUUAUGCACAGGGAGAAUAUGAAAACUCUGUGCAGAAAGACCCUGGGUCGGGAAUAGAGCCCGGGACCUUCUUGCUGCAAGGCAGCAGUGCUACCCACUGCGCCAUAUUGGGUAAAGCAGGGAAAAGCCGCACGGGCUAUAAAGGCUGGAACGCGCCAAUAUCUGACUUGAAAUGUUUUACCUAUUGUUUGUCCAUGUUCGCUCCGCUUUGCUGUUCAGAGAUUUUACUUUGUACUUUCCUAAAAUAUGUUU